AUGGAACCUCCACAGAAGAAGAGCAAACUGCAGCAGCUGCUGACCUUCAAAGCUGCUUUGCCAGGUCACUCCCAAAGUGCACUGGCUGCUUUUGUGGAAGUCGCCAAGGAACAAGGCCUCCCAGAGAAGAGCUCUUCCAAUGACCAGCGGAAAGCCAGGGAGGAGCUUCUACAGAGCUGCCAUGGUGGGCUACUGGGUCCUUUGAUCCAAGAAGCAGAGGUCACCACCGAUGCUGGUGCCAAAGUCACCAUGUACUUUGCCAACCUCUUGGUUUACCUGGCCAGUCUUUUCCAGAUGGGUGGAAGCUUCCAUGAUCUGAUCCAAAGGAAGCACCGAGCCAACCCAUCAUCCGUCUCCAAGCCAUGGCAACUUAUACUUUAUGCAGAUGAGGUGAUACCAGGAAACGUCUUAGGACCUGCCCAACGUAAAUUUUGGGCCAUUUAUGCCAGCUUCAGGGAGAUGGACCAAUUCCUCCACCACGAGGACCUCUGGCUGACCAUCUCUCUUGAAAGGUCCAACUUCGUGAGCCAUGUCCAGGGCGGCAUCUGCCAGAUCAUGUCCAAGAUCUUGGAAACCAUUUUCGCCAAUGCCCACGUGGAACCAUUGGCAGGGUUUGUGUUGAAAUCCCCACAUGGCCCAGGUUCCGAUGUCCGGCUCCAUUUCCGGUGGGCCAUAUGUCUGGCAGACGGCGGUGCCCAUAAGCAGAUUUGGUCUUCCAAAGGUGAUUCUGGUACCAAAUUUUGCAUAUUAUGCGCCAACAUCCACUCAGGACCACCCACAGGCGACAACCACGACAUCAUGGACCACCGCACGACCAAAUACAGCCAAUUGGUUUUGACCACUGAUGAAGACGUCAUCCAGUCCUACCGCAGAUUAGACGAAAGGCGAGCCACGUGCAGGACCAAAGCAGAAUUCUCGCAAUGGCAACAAGCCACCGGUUGGACCUGGAAUCCCCAGGCCUUGCUCCUGAACCAGACUUUGUUGGCGAAGAACCAAGUGAAGCCAGUCAGCCAGUUCUGCCAUGACUGGAUGCACGGCAUUCUGCAAGGAACGGCCCCAGUCGUGCUGUUCCAGAGCUUCCAAGCCAUCUCCGAGCACUACAACAUUUGGGAGGCCAUGGGCCCAUACAUAAGGAUGUGGAACUUUCCAGGUGCUUCCAAGGCCGGUCACUUGGCUGGUUUGUUCGACACAAGCAAGGUCGCCAAGUACAAGAGCAGCCAGAAGUUCAGUUGCCAAGCUUCGGACCUCCUAGGGCUUUAUCCAAUCAUUCGCCAUUUUUUGCAUUCUGUUGUUGUGUCAAGCGGAAUCUGCCCAGAGGCUUGCCAAGCUUUCUUGAGCCAGGCCUGCUUGAUCGACCAGGUUCACCAAGGGGUCAUGUAUGGAGCCACCACCAGAGCCAGCCUUCUCAGGGCUGCGGAAGAAUCCAUCGAGACCUUCCAACAGGCCAACUUCGACGUGCCACUGAUGCGGAAGUGGCACUGGCUGCUCCACUUGCCUGAUAUUCUCCAACGGCAUGGGUGCCUGCCAUCGACAUUUACGAGCGAACGAAAGCACAAAACCAUAUCUGCUUUCGCCACAAGGCUCCAGAAAACAGCCGCCUUCGAGAUCCACUUGCUCAACCAGGUGCUCGCCACCGAGAUCACCACUUUGACACAGGCCGGGCUGUUUCCAGACUCCUGCCAGUUGGUGAAGCCAAAGAAGCCCAACAAGCACCAGCUGCAAUUCCUCAACCAGUUUGUGGAUUGCUCAGCAACUGAAGCCAUGGUUGCCUCUAUCGCGAGGCUCGCAAGGGGUGGUGCCAUCCAUGCCAACGACGUCGUGGUGUUCCACCAGGAAGACGGAAGAUGGGACAUGGGCCAAGUGCUUUUCCAUUUGGAGCUUGGAGGCGACAAAGCCACACUCGUCCAACGUUGGAGGCCAACAGAGACACAGAAGACAAAGCAGUUCGCCAAGUGCUCCAUCACCAACGAGCAAGGCUUCGUGUCCAUGGACUCCUUGCUGUACCCAAUGGUGUACAGCAAGACCACAGAGAGGGAGGCCACUGUGCCAGCUGUACCACAGGCUUUGAAAAACAGUGCUUCUCAAUCCGCCACAAGGCUGUACCACAUGCACAUGACAUUUUUAGCCCUAUAG